GGCCACCAAAUAGCAUUAUGAAUCGCCUAGAUACAGAGGAGUUUCACUUUCGACGUUGUUGUCAAGACGGAAGCAGCUGAUCGCCGCAUUUGGUUGCUUCAGCGCCGGCUAAACCGACUUGCACUCCUUCACCGUCGACAACGACGACGACGAAGGCCAAAUCGGCCUCCACUCUCACCUACAUCCCGUCGCUCUCUUCGUUACGACUUUCGAGUGUUUCCCAUUGUCCCGCUGUCCAAUCUCAGGCCAUCAGUGGUUUCCAACUCCAUCUCCUGACCUCGGCCGCUAGGCAACCAUCUACACGUAGACUUCUUCACUCUUAUGGCUAGUUAUCAAGUGUCUACAAUGUCUUUAACACCCACUAGACCAGCCCCCGCGGCGCCCUUGCGGAAGGGUUCUGACAUUCAGAAUGUCCUAUCAAGUUCUGGUUAUGGCUCAUCCUUUUCAGUAGGGACCUCAUCCAUUUCUGGUUCAUCAUCCUCCUUGUAUUCUGGUAUUGGAGGCUCACCAGACCGGAUGUCUGAUGGCCUGAUGGGCACUCGCAUCGUACGGCACGGCACCGUCAGUGUAAAGGAGGACGGUUUAGUCAGCUGGCUCUGGAGACCGAAGUAUCUGGUGUUGAAGGAGCAGACACUGUCAAUACAUAAGAAUGAGAGUGCCCCCACCCAAACCCUCAUCAACCUAUCCGAUAUCGCGAACAUCGAGCGCACGGAUCUAAAACCGUACUGCCUCCUGCUCGAGACCAAAGACAAGCGAAUGUUCUUUUCGCUCAAGAGUGACGAAGAGCUCUACGGGUGGCAAGAUGAUAUCUAUUCGCGUAGCCCGCUCAUGGGUGUCAGUAACCCGACCAACUUUGUGCACAAAGUGCACGUGGGCUUUGAUCCCAUCUCAGGCGCAUUCACUGGCUUGCCGGAUGCAUGGAGCAAACUGCUCACCAAGUCUGCUAUAACCCGUGAAGACUACCAAAAGGAUCCACAGGCGGUCCUUGAUGUGCUUGAGUUCUACACCGAUCACCAGAAGCGAGAGAUGGAAGAACUUGGUUUCGGUUCUUCCCUCGGGGGUCGAUCAGGUGCUGGGUCUCUGUCGCCUUACUCUGAAACUGCGAGCGCGCCACGAUUCAACGCCGGGACGGGACUUGGUGGCGCAAAGGUUUCCCUCGACGGCCGACCAGGCAUUAAACGGCAAGACUCUGCACCAGCUGGUCUCAACGGAGUCGACACUAAUGGUGCACCAUUGUCGUCGAGUGCCGGUCUCGCUCGCGCAGCAGAACUUGUGAACGGUUCACACGCAGCCCAAUUGCAAGCCAACACUAUUUCGGCUACACAAGCAGGUUCACCUAUUCGUGGCCCCAUUCCUGGUUCCCUCCAACCCUCACGACCUGCACCUCCUCGACCUCUGCUCACCGCCAACCGACCUGCACCUUCAGCCCCACAUGGCGCGUUGCCCAAGCCCCCACUACCUGAACAUACUCCCUCGUCCGCCGACCUCCUCAUGCGGGCAAAGGCUCAGGGACCGCCUACGGAGACGAGAACAACUAAGCCUUCUGGUCUGGCUGAAGAUCGCGUCCCUAAGAGAACAGACUCGCUCACGCCAGAGAGGCAAGGCGCGACCGCGAAUCGACCAAACAUGGCACCAGCCAAGUCCUCUCCCGCCACAUCACAACCUAGUUCGCAGCCAGCUCCCGGGGCCGCGGGUGCGACUGUAGGUCCUCCACCUGUCAAGCCUCUCCAACCUGCAAAGAAACCUCCUCCUGCGGUGACUGUAACUGCCCCUGAGGAUAAAGGUGGCGUUGCGGCUGCUGCUGCCGCUUUGGAGAAGCCCAAGGAGAAGGAGAAGCGUAUCAGCACAAUGAACGAAGCUCAGAUCAUGGAGAAGCUUCGUACUGUGGUAAACCCCACCGAUCCAAAGGCGCUCUAUAGCAAAAUUCGGAAGGUUGGACAGGGUGCAUCCGGUCACGUCUAUGUCGCUAAGACCCUUGCGACCGGCAAGAAGGUUGCUAUCAAAGAGAUGGACCUUUCGAAUCAGCCGAGGAAGGAAUUGAUCGUCAAUGAGAUCCUUGUCAUGAAGGAGUCGCAACAUCCUAACAUAGUUAAUUUCCUCGAUUCGUACUUGGUGAGGAGUAACGAACUCUGGGUCGUCAUGGAGUACAUGGAGGGUGGUGCCCUCACCGAUAUCAUCGAGAACAACACCCUAGAAGAGGAUCAGAUUUCCAGUAUCUGUCUCGAGGUGAGCGAAAUGACAACCGACGAUAUCCGUUUCUGGCUGACGUUGGCAUUUGAUAGACAUGCAAGGGCCUUGGUCACCUACAUUCUCAGAGUAUCAUCCAUCGUGAUAUCAAAUCCGAUAAUGUUCUCUUGGACGCACAAGGGCACGUUAAGAUUACCGAUUUCGGUUUCUGUGCCAAGCUUACCGAUCAGAAGUCGAAGCGUGCAACGAUGGUGGGUACACCAUACUGGAUGGCACCAGAAGUCGUCAAGCAGAAAGAAUAUGGGGCCAAGGUCGACAUCUGGUCAUUGGGUAUCAUGGCUAUUGAAAUGAUAGAGAACGAACCGCCUUACCUUGAUGAGGAGCCACUGAAGGCUUUGUAUUUGAUCGCGACCAACGGAACGCCCACGCUGAAGAAGCCGGAGGCUCUGAGUCGAGAGUUGAAAGGCUUCCUGAGUGUGUGUCUAUGCGUCGAUGUGAAGAGCAGGGCGACUGCGGCAGAGCUCUUGGAUAAGGCUUGUGCGCUUUCUGGUCUCGCACCCCUUCUCCGAUUCAAGACCAAGCAAGGCUCAUAAUCGCGUUCGAGAUUGGUCCAUGAACUCUAUUUUCAUUCGUUUCUGGGACACUCUGGUUGUCUAUACGCCUUCACCCUGCUAAUGAUUCACAUUCCAAUGUCACGUUUCUGCUUACACUGUCCUUUCGUUCGCUUGUUCACUAUUCUACCUUGUCUCCAUGUCGAAUUCACCAUACCUCCAGUAGUCGGUCAUUCCUCCACCGUUUAUUUUCUUUCCACCACCAUCUAUCAUAUAGCAUGCAUAUCCGCAAGCUGCCAUAUCCCUUUUCCUUUUGUCUCCAUGAUUUCUCUUUCCUCCCUUGUUUCUUGUCUGUCUAGGCCUCUCUUCAUGUCUUGGAAAAAUGUAGUGUACUUGUGAAGUUUGCUAGACGAAGGAUACGAAGGUUUCUGUUUACUGUAUAUGAGCCUGGUAUCUCUCAGUCUAUCUAUUCGAUACAGCUGUAAUCCAAAGGUGCGAAAGGAAGAAACUAAAGUGUUAGGUGCUACUCGAUACAGUCGUAUUUGUAUUCACCACCGGAGAAGUUAUUUCUAUACCUGUGAUGCUGACAUGUUUGUAUGGCACUCUUCG